AUGGGGGCUGCUCAGAAGUGUCUGCUAUUCCACUUUAUUUUGCUGUCUGUCACUUUUCUGUGCCAUGGAAAAGGCCAGUUCUUCAAUGACAAUGGAAACCUCAUACUCCCGGGGUCCUACAAUAUUCCAUGGAUGUCAGGCAUUCAGGAUUUCCGCACCCUCUCUCUCAUCACCAUCCCUGGCACUCAUGCCAGCAUGGCCCUGUACGGAGGUCCAGAGACUGAACACCAAGCCUUGUCUCUGAUGGAUCAGCUCAGGGUCGGCAUUCGUUUCCUGGAUCUCAAAGUGUUUGGCCUGGGUAACACCCUCUAUGUCAUGGAUGGGUUGGCUUACCAGCACACCACUCUCAAGGGGGUCCUGGACAUCGUCCGAGCCUUCCUGUCCGAGUUUAAGACCGAGGCUGUGCUCAUUAGAGUGCAACCAGAGUCUUUUGAGAAGAAAACUGUCAAUGAGAUGGUGCAGAGUCUGAUUGGCAAUGACCAACAUGUCUGGGUGGCUUCUGGAAUGCCAAAUAUGGGUCAGGUGAGGGGGAAAAUUGUGUUUUUGCAGAAGAGCACCUUCACACUAGGAAUUCCCCUCAUAGAAACAACCGUGAAAGGUAGCACAAAGGUUAGUGACGUUAAAGAUAAGGACAAUAAAAUAAUCAAACAGCUGAACCAAGCCACCGAAGCUUGUGGAGGUGAUAAUGCUGUUCUGACCUACUCUAGCGGCACUGGCUUUGGUACUUUCUGGGGAAUGUUUCUGACUCCAAAAAGAGUAGCUGAAAAGGUAAACCCAUGGCUCAAUCAAUACUUGAGACAGUUUUACCCUAAUCAGCCCAGACCAUGCUUUGGUAUCAUUGCCAUGGACUUCCCUGGCAUUGACCUCAUUCAAACGGUCACCAAUUUAAACUGGUGGUAAAGGCUCAGUAAUGUGGUUGAACUACUAUGAAAUUGUUUCUAUAUCUUUCCCAUCACAUAUCACUGUAUACACUGUGAUAUAUCCUGAAAUCCAAAAUGUAAUUUGAAAACUGAUA